CAAUACUAACUGAGAAGAAAAAAAGCCUAGACAGCGAUCAAGCGCUCAGCCCACAAAGAGAAAUAGUGUUGGAGAGACAGGACAGCAGGACAGAGGUGCAGAUCAAAAGAGUCUUAAAGAAACUAUUGCUUUUAACCCUGACAUACAACUACCAGACCUCCAGAGCAAAGAUGACUGGACAGAAGAUGUGGACGCAAGUGGUUGUACUGGCAGUCCUGGUGCUAACGGUGAUGGCAGCCGAAGGAGGCAAAGCAGAAAAACAAGGAAAGAAGGAGCGCAGAUCUGACUGCGGGGAAUGGCAGUGGAGUGUUUGUGUUGCAAAUGAGGGGGACUGUGGACUGGGAACCAGGGAAGGAACACGCACGGGUACAGACUGCAAGCAGACCAUUAAAACCCAACGCUGCAAAAUCCCCUGCAACUGGAAGAAGAAGUUUGGAGGGGAAUGCAAGUAUGAGUUCCAGGAUUGGGGGGAGUGUGACCUGACUACAGGGAAGAAGAACAGGACUGGGGUCCUGAAGAGAGCGCUCAUGGAUGCGACCUGCGCUGCUACUGUCACAGCUACCAAGCCAUGUGGGAAACUUCCCAAGACCAAGCUGCAAGAUGCAAAGAAGCAAAAGAAGGAGGGGAAGAAGCGGGAGCGUACCCCAAAGGACUGAUGAGAUUUGUUUUUACUUUAAACCAG